AUGAUCCAAAAGACUCCGUCCCAAUCCCAGAACAAGAGCUACAGCUUAAUGGGAAAUGUUUACAGAGUGAUGAUGGAACUCCAUCUCGAGCUUCCGUUUCGCGCACCCAAUGUUGGAGAAGCCAUUCGGGAUAUUCCGAGGAGUAAAGAAGCUGCCAUUCUCGCUCCUCUUGAGACCAUCAGGACAAGAAUGGUGGUUGGUGUUGGCUCUAGAAAUAUUUAUGGCAGUUUCAUUCAGAUUGUUGAACAGCAAGGAGCUCUCUCUGGCUUGACAGCGAGCACGAUAAGUUAUCCUUUGGAGGUUGCAAGAAAACGGCUUAUGGUAGGAGCGUUGCAAGGUAAAUGGCCACCCCACAUGUCAGCUGCACUUUUGGAAGUUGUUAAGCAAGAAGGUCUUAUGCGCCUUUACAGAGGCUGGGCCGCAAGUUGCUUGAAAGUCAUGCCUUCGUCAGGUAUCACAUGGAUGUUGUACGAAGCAUGGAAAGAUAUAUUGCUUGCAGAGAGACGUCCUUUAUGA